AAUAAAAACAAUGAUAUCGAGUGCACGCACUGCUAGACUAGCCCGAGAAGUGAAACUUUUCCAAUCGAAACCGCCAUGGGGCGUGAACUGCCACCCGGAAAAAGAAGAUCAGUAUGAUGUGUUACUGGUAAAAAUGCUCGGACCCAAGGGGUCUCCAUACGAAAAUGGCUCGUUCAAGCUUAAUAUAACCAUUCCGGAGAAGUACCCAUUCGAGCCGCCCAUCGUCAAAUUCCUAACACCAGUAUACCAUCCGAAUAUUGAUAAAGGCGGCCGUAUCUGCAUGGACAUGUUAAAAAUGCCUCCCAAAGGAGCGUGGCUGCCUACGAUCACCCUAGAAACUCUACUCAUCUCAAUACAGACGUUACUUGCUAACCCUAACCCUGAUGACCCACUGAUGCUGGAUGUAGCAAAUGAAUAUAAAUAUGACGUUGAUAAAUUUAUGGAGAAUGCAAGGUUGCAUACAGAUAAAUAUGCUGUAGAAUUGUAAUAUUAAGUAAAGUCUUACAUAUCAUUUUAA